AUGAAAUUUACUCUGUGUGCUGGACUUAUCGUGUUGUUAAUGUCCGAAGUCGUAGCAUCUCAAGCAUUUCUUUGUAAGGAAGCAUCUCUUUCUUGUCCUGUGAUAACUUACAAUCAUCGCCGACUUAAAGGCUUCACGCUCAAAACAUUUCAUUCGGCAAGCCUGAUAUCCUGUAGUUUGCUAUGUCAGAGAGACCCUCGAUGCGUUUCAACAAAUUUCAGAAAAGUUUUCAAAAGUGAGGGAACCUGUGAGUUGAACGACAGAGGAGCUCUCCUUACUGAGAAAGGAAACGAACUGGAGUACGACGAAGAAGUGAUUUACACUCAAUUUUACGACACGAAGCACCACUGUCAGGCCUUCAAGGAACAUUUAAAAGUCGUCAACUGCAAAUGUGAAUCACCAAAAGCCCCAGUUCCCCUCGGCAUGGAAAGCGGUGCUAUUUUUGACUCACAGAUCACCGCUUCCUCCUUGUAUGAUUUUAAACAUGCCGCAUCGAAUGCUAGAUUACAUUUCAAAGGAUCCGAAAACCCGCUUAGAGGUGCUGGCUGGGUACCUGAUGUGAAAAACACCAACCAAUGGCUGCAAGUGGAUCUUCAGCAAACCACAAGGGUAAUGGGCAUAGCGACGCAGGGGAGACAUGAUCUCGAUAGGUGGGUUACUAAAUACAAGCUACAAUAUGGCGAUGAUGGACAAACUUUCAGAGUUUACAAGCGAAACGGAGACAUAUCAGACACGCACCACUGUCAGGCCUUCAAGGAACAUUUAAAAGUCGUCAACUGCAAAUGUGAAUCACCAAAAGCCCCAGUUCCCCUCGGCAUGGAAAGCGGUGCUAUUUUUGACUCACAGAUCACCGCUUCCUCCUUGUAUAAUUUUAAACAUGCCGCAUCGAAUGCUAGAUUACAUUUCAAAGGAUCCGAAAACCCGCUUAGAGGUGCUGGCUGGGUACCUGAUGUGAAAAACACCAACCAAUGGCUGCAAGUGGAUCUUCAGCAAACCACAAGGGUAAUGGGCAUAGCGACGCAGGGGAGACAUGAUCUCGAUAGGUGGGUUACUAAAUACAAGCUACAAUAUGGCGAUGAUGGACAAACUUUCAGAGUUUACAAGCGAAACGGAGACAUAUCAGACACGGUUUUCCCAGGAAACAAGAACAGAGACACAGUAGUUUACCACGAUCUUAACCCGCUUAUUUAUGUUCGCUAUGUUCGAGUUCUUCCGAUGGAAUGGAAUGGGGCGAUCGCUAUGAGGAUUGAGCUUUAUUCUUGUUAAGAAUAACAGCUGUUUGCAAGAAACAUCACUGCAAGUCAAUCCCUUCUAUGACUAAUCCAAAAU